AUGGUUGAUCCCAAGCGCCACAUCAACGUGCUGUCCGAGGAAGACCAGAUGUUCCUCAACGAGUGUGAAGAGGAGUUCAAGGAUCGAUUUUCCGAAAACGAUGCGGAAUUUCAAGCGUACUGCGAACAAGCACCGAAACCUCCACCGGUGCUGCAUCCCUGGCAAAACCGAAAUCCUCACAGCGGGGGACAGUAUGGUGGGCGUGGGCAGCGUCGUGGUGGUCAUUAUAAUAACCGGGGCGGCCGGUCCUAUCGUGAUCAUCGCGAUCGUCCUUACGAUUCUUCGUACCGUAAUCAAAACUACAGACACCGUUCCGAUGGCAACGGCAGAGAUAAUCGCCACCACUACAAUCGUAGAUAGGCACUAUUGGUGUGGGGUUGUAAUCGAUUAUCUUUCCCUGCCAAAAAGAACAAGAAUUGAAGAGAUGUUUGUGAAUUGAACACUGUUUAGGUGUGACUAGACUAGAGUCAUUUGAUUCCAAGCAUUAUGAACAAAUCAAUGCAUUCUUUGGAUUUUGUUCUGAAGAUUGUAAAUAAAGACUGUAAAUAAAAAUGGCGUUUUAAUGUGUCGUGUUCGAUAAAUUUGAA